AUGAAAUAUUUAAUUUUAAUUUUAAUAUUUUUUAUUGAAAUUAAUAAUGGAUCAAGACUUAUAAAUUCUGGUAAUUUAUUUAGUGAAUUAAAAGAUUAUUACAUUCCAGAGAAUUUAAAUUAUUAUAGUGGUGGAUAUUCAGAACAACAUUGUAAAGACUCAUCAUAUAUAACGAUACCAUUGGGAGUUACUGGUGGAUUAGAUGAGGGUAGUUUAUCAUCAUUUUUAUUAACAAAAAAAGGGUCAUCCUUGUUUAUUGGAUUAGAUGCUGGUACAGUUUGGCAAGGAGUUAGGAGAUUAACAAUGCUUCAAGAUUUUAAUUCCGUUUUUAAUAUUACUUAUCCACCUUGGGCAACAUUACCAGAACAAAGAGCUACUUGGUUUAUUAAAAAUCAUAUUCAAGGUUAUUUGAUUGGUCAUAGUCAUUUGGAUCAUGUUGGAGGUUUAAUUGUUGAAUCUGCCGAAGACCAAUUAUCUCCAAAGAAAAAUGAACUUGAAGUUAGUCAACCAGAGAUUUAUAGAGGUUGUAUUGAAAUGAUUCAUAAAAUGGGCUAUGUCUCUGAUUUUCCAAAUAUUACUUCCAUUCCAGAUCAAAAGAAACCAAUCAUUGGUAUUAAUGAAACUUUAUACUCUAUGGCUACUGAUUUAUUUAAUGGCUUUGUUUGGCCAUCCUUACCAAAUUAUGGUCGUUAUUCCUAUUAUUAUUUAGGAAAUGGUAAUCAAUAUUCUUUUAAAGAUUUAACACCAUAUGCAAAUAAAUAUGUUACAAAAGUUCAAAAUGAUUUUCCAUUCAAUCAUUUGGUAAAAUCUUUUGAAAUUUGCCAUGAUUCUCUUACCUCAACUGCUUUCAUUUUAACUGAUUCUCAAAGUGGUGAACAAAUUGUUUUCUUUUCUGAUACUGGUAUCUCAACAACCAAAUGUGACUGGGAAUUUAAAAUUUUACAAGUUUGGAGAAAUAUUAAAAUCGAUAAAUUAAAAGCUGUUUAUAUUGAAUCCUCUUUCACAAAUGAAGUUGCUGAUAAUGUAUUAUUUGGUCAUUUACGUCCAAAAGAUAUUAUGAAAUUAAUGGAUUCAUUACUAGAGAAUUCAAUUCAAACUUCACCACCAAAAACAAAUUUAAAACAUGUUAAACUAAUUAUUGAACAUAUUAAACCACAAGUAGGUAUGAAUCAAUAUUAUUUAACUUCUCAACGUAUGGUUUAUCAACAAUUACAAGAAAUAAAUAAUCAUGGAGUUAAAGUUAUAAUUCCAAACCAAGGUGUACCAAUUUGUUUAUAA